GCAGAGGAGCAGUGCUUAAAAGCAAAACCAAAACUUCUCAGUAGGCUGGGUUUCAGCCAGUUCCUCAGACUUAGUGUUGGUUUGAAUUACCCUCGUGUUACAAGGAAGCCUGAGCUAGAUGGAGAUGAUGUCUUUUCUUCUCUUCCCUAACGUACCUUCCGUGACAGCUUUUUGUGGCCUGUCCUCAUAUGUCCCUCUGCCAGCUGGGAAGAAUCCUGGCUGGGAGCUGAGGCUUGUUGCAGUGGUUUAGGGAGCAACCUACAUUUUUUUUUUUUUUUUUGGUUUGGUUUGGUUUCGGCUGUUUGUUCAGUUGACUCCUAUGACAGAGUCUGACGCAGGAGCUACUGUUUGUUGUUUCUUUUCUUUAACGUCUUUGCCUGUGGAGUGGGGCCAAGUUCUGAUGUGAGUAUCCAGUAGGUUGAGAUUUCCUCCUCACUGAACUGGUGUUGCAGACGAUGAUGAGGCUGCCACGGUCAGAUCGGGUACAGAGCAUGUUCCUCCUGCUGAUGUUGAGCUUGGGAAAGCAGCUUCAUCAGACAGCAGCUUUAUUCACAGUGAUGGUCUCCCAGGAACUAUACACAGUAGACUACGGCAGCAAUGUCACCCUGGAGUGUAAUUUUGACACUGAAGGUCAUGUGGAACUCAAGGACUUAAGGGCCAGUCUGCAGAAGGUGGAAAACAAUACAUCUUUGCACAGUGAAAGAGCCACUUUGCUGGAGGAGCAUCUGUCUCUGGGGAAGGCCUUAUUCCACAUCCCUCGGGUGCAAGUGAGUGAUGCAGGACAGUAUCGCUGCCUGAUCAUCUAUAGGGUCGCCGGGGACUACAAGUACCUGACUCUGAAAGUCAAAGCUUCCUACAAGAAAAUAAACACUCAUAUCCUUAAGAUCCCAGGGGUAGACGAGGUACAGCUCACCUGCCAGGCUGAAGGUUAUCCCCUGGCAGAAGUGUCCUGGCCAAACGUCAGCGUCCCUGCCAACACCAGCCACACCAAGACCUCUGAAGGCCUCUACCGGGUCACCAGUGUUCUGCGACUAAAGCCACACCCCGGCAGAAAUGUGAGCUGUGUGUUCUGGAAUGCUAACGUGAAAGAACUUACUUCAGCCAUCAUAGACCCUCAUGGUGACCUAGAACCCAAGAUCCCUUCAAAUUGGCUGCUUCCUGUUUUCAUCCCUUCCUUCCUCAUUGCUUUGAUUUUCAUAGCUACGAUGACAGCCCUAAGGAAACAGCUCUUCCAAAAGCUUUAUUUUAGAAAGGACACAACCAAAAGAUCGGUCACCACAGUAAGGAGGGAAGUGAACAGAGCUAUUUGAACCUGUGUUUUCAGGAGCUGGGGUGACCGGAUGGGACGUCCUUGAGAAUGUUCUGGACUCUGAACAAGAAUCCUCUGGCCUGCAGAGCUCGUUGUUUGCACUUGUCCAAUGCCUUUGUAGCUCCAGCACUGAAGAGGAGACCGCCAAGAGAGCGGGCAGCGCCUGGCCAUGGUGUGCUCAGAGCACGUCAGGCAGUCCGCCCUCCCCACAUCCAGGCACUCACCCCUGCAUCCUGUGUCCCUAAGCAAGCACUACCGCACUUUAGAAAAUGACUGCCCCGGACCCGAGACCCCAGUGAGUGCUUUGCAGCUCGUUCUUGCUGCCAGACUCAACACAAAGGGAGUUUCCCCCCUAAGUUUCCAAAGUGAUUUCCAGAAGCGGAGAUGAAUGGAAAUUUUCAGUUAUAGGAAAGGACGAAUUGCCAAUAGAGUUAUUUUCUCCACUGUUUCCUCUGGGUAUACUGGAAAAGCCUUUUGAGACCAUUAGAGUUUACACACAGUCAAGCCAUAAUUGACAAGUUAUGUGGCUUACUGGAAUCUUGACAUCUGAGUUGUUUAAUUAACAGAAAGCAUUUAAGUACACAGUGGGCGGCUACAAAUCGUGGAGAAAAGCCGUUGAGUAUUUUGUGAGGUCUGAAUCACAAAGCAUUUGUUUUAACCUGCAAUGGCACCAUGUUGGAUGAUUUUGUUUUAAACUACAUCUUUAAAAAUUCUGUUUUCUUAACCUCAGAAACCAAUGGCAUACAUUAGAAAAAUUUAGCACGCUAGUAUGCUGUACCUGCAAAGAUUUCAGAUGGGUAUCCAUAAUGGUCAAAGUCCCAAACUAGGGCUCCUUUCCCGGCCCUCUCUGUGACUUUAAACUUAACCUUUCAGUGACUCGGUUCCAUGUCUGUGACACAGUGACACUCACUAGUCAAGGCCUUUGAUGGUUGGCACUUUAGAAACGCCGUGGAACCCCUUCCAUGCGUGUCCAGGGUAACUGCACGCAGCAACAGCAGGUUAACCAUGUGAAAUUUGGUCUGUGUACUGGGGCCAUGGAGUUCAGGGCACCUGCUGAUCUAUGAACUAUCCAAAUGUGUACAUUAUCUAGAGCCGAGUCUUAGGUUAGCAUCUUAUCUUUCUCAGUUUUGAAUCAUGAGGAUUUGAGCACAUGUUACAUCUUCUCCUUAGACUCUAAGCUCCUGGAGGCCAAGGAGGGAGGAGGGGUUUGUCAGUCCUGCAGUCUGUUGCUUGGAAUAGAUGCCUCGUGCAUGAUUGGCUCUGAGACUCAUCGUAAUAUUGAAGAAAAUGGCGACUCGUGACAUCCUUACUUUUUAUGACAUUAAUAGGAUUGGCUAAAAGUAUGUAAAGGCAAUCCUUGAAACAAAAGAGCCGAAUGAACACUAAGUCUUUAAAAAAAAAAAAAGUACCUUUUACAAAGGGAACAAAAAUAGUAUUCGGGAGAGUUUGAGGAACUGAGAAAUGCCAAACAAGCAAAAACCACCUAUGAUCUCAUCAUCUCAGCACAAGUAUUUUCAUUUUUGCUGUUUGUAUUUGGUCCUUGUCCAGACAUGUAUGCGAUCUCAGCUAGAGUUGUAAUUUUCCAUCCUUUUUUCAAAUUUGUCAUUGUACCACAAGCUUACACCUAUAUUGUUGAUUAGUCCUCCUAAUGAUCACUUUUAAUGGGUGCUUGAGUCACAGAUCACAAUGAGAUGUGUUUAGGCACAAACUCUGUUCAUCACCUGACCACUAUAAGCCUCUCCUUUGACUAGUGGACCACAGGUGACAUUUGGGGUUCCUAAGGAUUGGUGUCAUUUCAGAGCAGCGUUCAGGAAUCCCUGAAAAGCCUGGGUAUUUCCAUUUCCCCCAGUGCACAGACACCUUCAGGAAUGACUUCAAGUCCCCUUGGGGAUAGCUUGGAAGAAGAUCUACAGUACCCAUGGCAUUGUUGCGGGGUCCUUUCUAAGAAUUUGGGGAAGAAGCUGUGAUUCUCAGUUGUGAAAACACAAGCCAGAUUUCUAUUCUAUAGAUCAAGCCAUGCUUUGGUAGGCCGGACAACUACUUAAUUCUUAGGGCCGGCCACUACUAAAGAUUUCCUGUAAGUAAAAAAAUCCGAUUGCUCUUCUGGGAUCUUAUCAUCUCAUUGAAGUCAGGAAGCCCAUAUCCGUGGUAGCAUUUCCUAUCAUCAUCUUUGUCCUACAGAAAACAGCCAUCUGGUGGCACCCAAGGUUGUGGGGCUCCCUCGCUAAUGCAUUUCUCAAUGCUUGAGUGAAGGGAAUAUCCCUUGGGCCCUUUCAAGGGGAGGAAAGAUGCACAGGUUACACAUGACAAAUUGCCCCAUUAUUCCUACCUCCUUAAGCCUUUGGGAUCGUUUCUGCCCAUUAUUCCAUAGAAAUUCUAUCAACUUGCAUCAUUGUUGUCCACAGGGGUCAGCCAACCAACUUAGUAAACAGACCACUUCCAGCCACUCAAACUAAUACAUUUGUCUCUGCUUGCUUUUGCUGUGUAACAAAACUUAGGGCUUAUGUUUAUCAUUUAUGUAUUUAUGAUUCUGUAGAUUAGCAACUUAGGCUGGGCUCGGCUGGGGCAACUCAUUUCUGCUUUCCAUGGCAUCAGCUGGGCUCCCUUGUGCAUUUGUGGUCAGUUGACAGAUUAUUUGGAGGAUGCUGGUCUUAGGUGACCUCGUUCACAUGACUUGGAGUUGGUGCGGGCUGUCAGUUGGGCCGUGUGUCUUCAGCAGAUUUGUCUGUGCUCUUUCAACAUGGAAGUGAGUCCAAAAGGAGCAAAGAGAGGGCAGACCCCAAUGUGCAAGUGCUUUUUAGGUUUCCGUCUGUAUCACACUUACUAACGUCUCAUUGGCCAAAAGCAAGUGAAAUAGCUAAGCCAAAAUCAAUGUGGAAGGAAUUACACGAGGGCCUGAUACACAAAAUGGCAUGAUUCCCUGGGGCUACUGCUGAAACAGUCUACGGUAGCAUUAAGUCCAAAAACCUAUGGAAAGUGUAUUAUAUCAGGGCUACCUCAGUUUGGCCCCAACCCAAUGUUGUAUUGUGUUCUCCUUGAUCUGAUACCCUUAGAAUCCAUCUCUACCUAUAUUGGGUUUCUUCUAGCAUGAAUUUAACAAAACCUUGUGAUUCUUUUGGAGUAAAGCCUUUUCCUCCAGAGCCAGACUCUGCCCUUCUCUCCCUGAAUAUGCUGGGAUCUGACUCUAGAUAAAAGCCUGAAGGCCAUGGGCAUUGGGAGCAUUUAAAAGAUUAGGGAUCCCCAUGCAAAGGCAGCUGCCUCAGAAGUGCUUACUACAGGUUUUCAAGCAAAGGAAGGCUGCUAUUAUCAAAUAGGAAAUGAGAGGCUUCGUCCACUAUCAAGGGAAGCUCAGUGACACUUGGGGGGAGGGGGAGGUCCAGAUUUUCAGCUUCAUCCAAGCCCACCCAAAGGUUCCUGUUCCUCGUGUCAGAGUCGAUUCCUCCUAAAUGACCACCUCCACUCUCGCAUAUGAGACGUGGCCCAUCUGUGAAUGUUUCGUUUGGGUCUGAUUUUCUAAACAUGUCUGUCCUAUAACUAUAAGGAAUAAGAGAUAUUUUUAGGGCAGUCUUAGAAGCCCUCUGAUUCCUUAGAGAUGAUUUGAGCUGAAAGCUUGUUGUUUAUUUCCAUCCUGCAAGCACCAUAGUGCGUCGGAAGCAGCCGGCUCACCUUGCAUUCCUCGGAAUCAUCUUUACCAGCGUUAGGUGGCAGUUAAUGUGUCUCCAAAACCCUGCCUCCUGCUGGCACUCCAACCCAGCGAGAAUAGAGGAUAAUUUAAUGAAUCAUAACGCCAUCGCAUGCCAUAGAUUACCCGCUCCCACUUUCCAUUGGCAAAGAGUUCAGCUCUGAGUUCAAAGCAAAUAAAUUUCAGAAUCUUGUUUUUGAGAGCCUGUUCCCUAAGGUGAUUCCCAGUAUCAGGUCCUCUAUCAGCCAGGGUCCAGGCAGGAAAGUGCAGUGGGUUUAAUAUUGGGAAUUGGUAAUAAAGAUAUAGGAAGACAGAAAGAGCACAGAGUAGGUACCAAAGAAACCCAAAUCUUGGAACUGCCAACAGCAGCUAACUUUCUGCUUUCCGCCACCACAGAAGUGAGAAAUGCAGGAACUGGAAACAGGAAGGAAUUCUUUGCCUCUGAUAUUCCGGUCCCCUGGGGUUUCCCGUUUCUUGGAACUUCACAGGAAGCCAGCUGGCAGGGGAAGCUGGUGACUGAGGUUUGCUGAAUCCCUGUCCCAACCUGGCAGAACAGAAUAGAAGAAGGUAGGCUUGGAACUGAGAACAGGAGGUAAACAACCAACCAGUUCCUGAAUCAAAACUUAUCUGGAUAAAUGGAGAUACAUUCCCUGAGAGAGGAAAACACAGAGACGAUGGAUUGUCUCCCUCUCUCUCUGACCCUCCC